AUGUCUUUGAAAGCAAUUGUUUUUGAUAGGGCCCCAGGGUCGUGUAAAGUCCAAGUGCUGGAUCAACUAUUAUUACCAUACCAAUCUCAAUACUUGGCCAUAAACUCUAUUGAUGAUGGUUUUAGAGUCAUCAAAAGUAUGCAGGUUAGAGGUGCACCAGCAAUUGCAAUUGUUGGUGUCUUGUCAAUUCUUUUAGAGUGUCAACUCUUACUUGAUGAAUCUUUCUUACGCACCCAAUCAUACUAUGACUUAGCACAUUUGUCUGACAGAUUGAAUCAAAGACUUGACUUUUUGCUAAGCUCAAGACCUACGGCUGUCAAUUUGUCAAACGCUAUCAAUGAUAUCCGCAAAUUGAUCAAGUCUGACUUAAAGAUAAUCUACGAUUCAAUUUACAAAUAUGCCUGUGACCUCGUGGAUGAAGAUUUCGCAGAUAACGUCACAAUGGGUGAGAACGGGGCCAAGCACCUACUAAAAGAGCUGGAAAAAGAACAAUUCCAAGGCGAUUUUGGUGUUUUGACUAUAUGUAACACUGGUUCUUUAGCCACUUCUGGGUACGGUACUGCCUUGGGUGUCAUCAGAUCGUUGCAUCAACGUAGCAAAGCUGAAAAUGACAGUGCUGAUCCAACAUCACCAGCAUCUAAGAAGGCCAAAACAUCCAAUGCAAAAAUGGUUCGUGUUUUCCCACUAGAAACUCGUCCAUAUAAUCAAGGUUCUCGUCUAACCGCUUAUGAACUCUUGCACGACGAAAUCCCAUCUACAUUGAUCACAGAUUCAUCAAUCUCAUAUCUCAUUUCAACUUCAAAAAUUCCCAUCAAGGCUGCUUUUGUUGGCGCUGACAGAAUUGUCAAGAAUGGAGAUACGGCUAACAAAAUUGGAACUUUCCAAUUGUCCUUGAUCUGCAGACAUUUUGGCAUUAAGUUCUACGUAGUUGCACCAACUACUACGUUUGACAACAAGACAGAAACGGGUGACAAAAUCGUCGUCGAAGAGAGGCCUCCAAAUGAAUUCAGGUUUGUUCAAGGUACCUUGAUUGAUGGUUCAAGCUCGUUGCCAGUAAUUGACCAACUAUCUAACACACCAGUUAAAGCAAAAGUGGGUAUAACUCCACUAGACAUGCCCGUCUGGAACCCAUCCUUCGAUAUAACUCCACACGACUACAUUGAUGGGAUCAUCACUGAAAAAGGUGUUUUCACCAAAGCUGAAGAUGGAAAGUUCCACUUGGAGUCUGUAUCUGUAUAG